GACGUGUUCAACCGUUAGGCAUCGGAUCGGGGCGCGCGGCGGCGAGGCUUGAGUGAGGCGAAGGCGGUGAAAAUGUCAAUGUCACAUCUUUACGGGAAAGGCCAGGAUGACGACGAGGUGGAGAUGGAGCGGUUUGAAAUUUCAGAUUGGGACUUGGAAAAUGAGUUCAACCCAGACCGUGUACGCCAUCGGCAGACAAAAGAGGAUGCCAUCUACGGCAUGUGGGCUGAGAAUGAUUCUGAUGAUGAAAGGCCAAGCUUUGGGGGAAAACGUUCCAAAGAUUACAGUGCUCCAGUGAAUUUCAUCAGUGCUGGGAUCCGGCGACCUGCAGCUGAGGAAAAUGCAGAAGAUAAGGAUUCUGAUGAUUCUGAAGAAGAGAAAGUUAAACGAGAAGAUUUUCCAAAGGAAUUCGCCCCAAAGAAAUUGAAAACUGGUGGCUUUUUCAAAUCUAGUUCAAAAGGAUUCACAGGAGGACAUCGAACAAACCAGGAAAUUGGCACCUGGGAAAAACAUACCAAAGGGAUUGGACAGAAAUUACUGCAGAAGAUGGGUUACGUACCUGGCAGAGGUCUUGGGAAAAAUGCACAAGGAAUUGUGGCACCAAUUGAAGCAAAAAUGAGAAAGGGGAAAGGAGCAAUUGGUGCUUAUGGGUCUGAACGAACAGAGCAGUCACUGAAGGAUUUUCCUAUUGUCGAUUCCGAUGAAGAAGCAGAAGAGGAGUUUCAGAAGGAGAUGAGCCAGUGGCGGAAGGAUCCUGCAGGUGGGAAGAAAAAACCCAAAUAUACCUUCAAGACUGUUGAAGAGCUUAAAGCAAAAGGAGCAUCUGCUUUGGGCAAGAAAAUGGCUACACCACAGACGGAGCUCUCACAAGUAAAGGUUAUAGACAUGACAGGAAAGGAGCAGAAAGUCUAUUACAGUUACAGCCAGAUGAACCAGAAGCAUGAUAUUCCUGAUGACACACAGUCUCCAGUUAAAGAUGCAAAGUCAGAAGGCUUUUCUCUCCCUGAGCUGGAACACAAUCUGCAACUGCUCAUUGAAAUGACCGAGCAGGAGAUCAUCCAGAAUGACCGUCAGCUGCAGUAUGAGAGGGACAUGGUUGUUAACCUCUCCCAUGAGAAUGAGAAGCUGUCUGAAAUCCUUGCCCAUGAGGAUAAGAUCAUAGACAAGCUCAGCAGCAUCUUGCAGAUUGUGGAGGACUGCGAGAAGAGACUGCAGCCCAACUGUGAAAAUCCACUGACCCUGGAGGAGUGUGCAAAAAUUUUUGAAAUGCUCCAGGAGAAAUAUUUUGAGGAAUACAAGAUGUUUGACUUAGCAGAACUCUCCAUUGCCAUAGUAUUUCCACUGCUGAAAGAAUUCUUUAAGACAUGGAAUCCUUUGCAGGAUAACACGUAUGGUUUAGAUGUCAUGUCUAAAUGGAGGAAACUUCUAGAACGAGAUCAGCUGCAGCAUGGAGGAUGUGACAUGUUGUCGUUGGACCCUUACCACAGGUUGAUGUGGGAGGUAUGGAUGCCAUGUGUCCGUAAUGUUGUAUCCCAGUGGCUGCCCCGGAAUUGUGCUCCAAUGGUGGAUUUCUUGGAGAACUGGAUGCCUGCAGUACCUCUCUGGAUAUUGGACAAUAUUCUUGAACAGCUGAUUUUUCCCAAGUUGCAGCGUGAGGUUGAGAACUGGAAUCCACUGACGGACACAGUCCCAAUCCAUGCCUGGAUUCACCCCUGGCUUCCAUUGAUGCAGAUGCGCCUGGAGCCUCUGUAUUCGCCAAUCCGCAACAAGCUUUCCAAUGCAUUGCAGAAAUGGCAUCCCAGUGACUCGUCUGCAAAACUGAUCCUAUUGCCAUGGAAAAAUGUGUUCACACCAGGAUCCUGGGACGCCUUCAUGCAGAAAAAUAUUGUUCCAAAGUUAGGGAUGUGUUUGACGGAGUUUGUGAUUAAUCCUCACCAACAACACAUGGACACGUUCCAUUGGGUGAUGGACUGGGAGGACAUGAUCUCAGCUUCCAGCCUCAUAGGAUUGCUUGAGAAAAACUUUUUCCCAAAGUGGUUACAGGUGCUGUGUUCUUGGCUGAGUAAUAGUCCCAAUUAUGAAGAGGUCACUAAAUGGUAUUUGGGAUGGAAGUCCAUGUUUUCUGACCAGGUAUUGGCCCACCCCACAAUCAAGGAGAAGUUCAAUGAAGCUCUGGACAUUAUGAACCGGGCUGUCACCUCCACAGUUGGUGGUUACAUGCAGCCAGGAGCUCGGGAGAACAUUGCCUAUCUUACCCACACAGAGCGCCGGAGAGACUUUCAGUACGAGGCAAUGCAGGAGCGCCGUGAGGCGGAGAAUCUGGCACACCGUGGCAUUGGGGUCAGCUCUGCCUCCAUACCAAUGAACUUCAAAGACUUGAUCCAGGCAAAGGCUGAAGAGCACAAUAUUGUCUUCAUGCCCUUGAUGGGGAAACGUCAUGAGGGCAAACAGCUCUACACCUUUGGUCGGAUAGUUAUUUACAUUGACAGAGGGGUUGUAUUUGUGCAGGGGGAGAAAACCUGGGUGCCAACAUCACUUCAGAGCCUCAUUGACAUGGCUAAAUAAUAGACAAACAGGAGCUGCAGCAAUCUGUUGUACUGUUUCAUUCCAGCGUCCAAAGUUAUACAAGAGGACUCCUGCAGUUUAUCUAAGCAUAAGGUUGGUGAUGACUGGGAAGAGACUUUUGCAGUGUGAAGAGAUCUUCAACAUUCUUGGUUUAUCUGGUUCGUAGUGUUCAAAUGAAAUCUUUACUCAAUGACUGAUUCUAACAUUUGAUUCUUUGGGAGUUUCACCAUGUUACCUGUGUAUUUUUUUUAAACAUGUAACACUUCCUGUUUAUUCUAUUGCAUUUUAUUUAUUAGCAAUAAACCUAGAAUUCUGGUUU